UCCCGAUCAAGCUCGGCAUUAAGAGGGGUCCAUGAUAAUAAUAAUAAUUUAUUUUAGUGUGUGGAGUUAAAGUGAAGAUAUCUUACAUAGUUGUAAUAGUCAGAACUGCAGAGUCUUCCAGAUCUGAUGAGUGGGUCUAUUUUUGAUUCCUGUCCCCAGUCCAGUCCACGGAGAUACAGACAACAAACCACUUCCCCCAUAGACAAGACAAGACAAGACAAGAUGCCACUCAACGCUGCCUCAGGAUCAACCUGCAGCAUCAGACUCCGAGUCGAUGGAACAGAGGCCAGGAUCGGAUGCCAAGAAUACAAGCAUCAGACGGCCAUCAACCCAACCAACCGGGCCAUCCAAGAAGUAGUCACCAUCGAAUCACAACAAGCCAGUCCCUUUGAGAUCCUCAUCGACAUCAAACCCACCACCUACUCGGCCAUCAUCCACCCACUCGCACCAAGAGCACCUCACCAAUCCCUAGUUGCAGAGGACUACAUCUGCAACAUCUACUUGGACGGCAUCAUCGUUGCCUGUCAUCGACGCCCCAGAUCGACCGCAGCCGAUCCGAGCCGGAUCUCGCGGGUCUUCUCACACGAUUACUCCCGCAUCCGAGCCCUCCAAUUCGCCGCCGUCAAUCUCGUCGAUCCCGAUGAUUACAAUGGUACGACUCAUGACCAACAAGCUGGGAGUAUUAGAAACCCGAGCGAUAAGAUCUGCGAAGAUGAGACGGUCAUCAAGUCCCUUGGAACGAUCAGGAUCGACGUCGUCAGAGCCACACUGGCCUAUCUGCCUCGCGUCCCCGUCCGCAACCAACCCCCGACUCAGACCACUAAUCAGAUGAAAUUCUCGGAACGCUCCAAGAAGGCUCGGCUCGCUACUACCGCUGGCUUGGCGCAAGGAUCUCUGGCCACAAGCGCUCCUCCGGUGAUGGAAUGGCAUGUCAGAACCCAGGAUCCUAAUCCAUUCCUCCAAUUUAUCUUUAAUUACAAACCACGAAUGAUCCUUGAAGCCGAAGGAACCAUCCCAGCUCCCCCCCUUGCUGUUGCUCCUCCUCCUCCUCAACGAGCACCUGAUCCUGCUCCAGUCGAACUAGUAGAGCUCGAAACAGAUCCUUCAGAGAACAAGAAUCAAAAACCUAAGAAGGGUAAUAAGAGACGGGUUAAGGUGGAGGAUGAGGAUAGUAAAGAGCUCAAGAUAUCUACAAAGAAGUCCAAGGUUAUCGAUCUGACUGGGUCUGAUUGAUGUUGAUGAUGAUGAUAGUUGAUAGUCACAACUACCCUCGAUCUCUUUUUUUCUUUCCUGACUCUCGGUCCCAUACUGGCCCGUAACUCUGUUUCCUUUUCUUCUCAGGUUCUUCAAGCCCUUACCAUAUAUCUAGACUAUGUAUCUGUACAACAACAACAAAAAAAAAAACGGACUUCCCUGCUGCUGAUUUGCUUGUGGCCUCUUUCGAAGGUGAUGUCUGAUGAUGGGGAUGCGCCUUUGUGGUUUUGAUUUCAAUACCGCACAGUUAUAUUCGAUUGUUUUGUUAUCACUAUCAUCUACUCUUCUUCAUGAUGCUCUGUUAUGAUCCAUAAUGUAGAAUUUGAUCUUGGUCGGCAGGGUCAAGCUGAUCACAUUCACAUCUGAUCUAAUCUGUGCACUGCCAGAGUUGGAAGAGAGCACAUGUAGAUCAUAAUAUUUGUUCAUAAAUAUUUAUGUGUGUUGUAUGUAU